AUGAGCUGCAUUUUUACAAACCCCAACGCUCGUCAUCACAAAGUGCCCGCUGCCACGCAUAGAUCCAGUCCUGCAGCGUUUCAUCGCCGAUUUCUACCUGGCUAUUCGCCGACUGCACUCAUCUCUGUACCAACUAUUGCCCAGGAGUUGAAACUUGGUCAUAUUCUGGUUAAAGAUGAAUCCAGCCGGAUGGGUCUCCCUGCCUUCAAAAUCCUGGGGGCAUCGUGGGCCACAUUUGUUGUUCUAUGUGAACGAUUUGGACUGGACCCCGACUCGGCGUCAUUAGAUGUUAUCCAAGAACUUUGCAAGAAGGAAUCAGUAUCUCUUUGGGCCGCAACCGACGGGAAUCACGGGAGAGCGCUGGCCAGAAUGGCGUUAGUCAUUGGGGCUACGGCUAAGAUUUACGUCCCUCGUUUUAUCACCGAGCGCUCGAAAGCAUUUAUUGCUUCUGAGGGGGCGCAGGUUAUCCAAACUCAAGGAGACUAUGACGAGGCCGUACGCUUAGCUGCUAGGGAAUGUGCGAAGGCAAAUUCUCCGUAUGCUUUUCUUGUCCAGGACACCUCGUGGGAGGGUUAUGAAGAUAUCCCGCUACAAACCUCCAUUGGGUACUCGACUUUGUUCUCGGAGAUAGACCAACAACUCGGUGAGGCCGGGCUUGGAACGCCUUCCCUUGUCGUCGUACCUGUAGGCGUUGGCUCACUCGCGCAUGCAGCUGUGCUCCACUACCGGUCUGAUGCGCUCUUUACGCCACCCUCGAUCCUCACUGUAGAGCCUGAAAUUGCCAGUUGCCUCUUGGCUAGCCUUAAGGCCGGAGAAAUGGUCACUGUUCCUGGAGCAUCCGUGGACCUUGCGACAGCGGUCACAGACGCCCAAGCUGACCAGGCCGUGCAUGACUUGGCAAAACUCGGGAUAUCUUCGGGGCCAUGUGGUGCCGCAACUAUCGCCGCCUUGCGCGAAGUUAGGGCGCGACUUCACCAAAUAGGAGAGAAUGAUGCAGUCGUCGUGAUUAGUUCCGAAGGGAGUCAGGUCUACUUAGAUUCAUCUGCAUAG